UGGUCAGAGGAGCUUCAGUGUAGAGGCAACGAAUCUCAGAUUCACUUCUGUCCAACAUCUUCACUCAAACACAACUGUACCCAUGAUAAUGAUGUGGGUUUGGUAUGUGGGAUUGGUAAGUGAUUUAUUUAUUUAUUUAACGAGUUAGUUGUAGUAGUAGGUACUCUCUCUCUCUCUCUCUCCCUCCCUCCCUUUAUGUCUUCUUCUCUGUUGUACAGUCAGUGUGAGGUUGGUGGAUGGUGGCAGUCACUGUGCUGGGAGAGUGGAGGUUCUUCAUAGAGGACAGUGGGGAACAGUGUGUGAUGAUGGCUGGGAUAUGAGAGAUGCUGCAGUGGUGUGUAGAGAGCUGGGCUGUGGAGAGGCUGUAGAUGCGCUGAGUGAUGCUCACUUUGGGCCAGGAUCAGGGACAGCUUGGAUGGGCAAUGUGGAAUGUAGUGGAUCAGAGUCUACACUGAAGAAAUGCCAGUCAACAUUAUGGGGUAAACAUGCCUGUAAUCAGUCUCAUGAUGCUGGGGUUAUCUGCUCAGGUAAGUUACUCUAAACCUUAAUGCAAAAAUCAGUCAGUCUACUUUUUUCUGAUGAGUAUUGAUUUGUUCCCUUUUGUCCUUCACUGAACUUAUGGAAUCCUGUAUCUAAAAAUGUUCAAAUACAGAUCAGUCACAAUGUAAAGAAAAUAUCAAAUAUCUUAGUAAGUUUUCUCCACACUCAUCAAGCCAUUCAGUAACACCUUAUGCUCUGUGGAUGGGAGAAUUGGUAUCUUGGAAUUGUCAUCCUGGAGAAGACCAUUUACCUAAAAAAUAAUAAAAAGUUUCUAGAGGGACAUGGUGAUUAGGCAGAAUAACCUCUGUGGGGUCCUAGAGAGAGGUAGAGAGAGACUGUGGACAGCUCUGGGUCAGAUUUAUUCAACAUUCUGUCAAAAUUACAUGAAGGAAAAAAUGUCUUCUUUAAGUUAGGAUGCCUUCAUGAAAUUGAGGGCCAUGUCUCCAGGUGGAAUAUGUUUCAGGAGCAAGUCAAUGAGGCUUGGCUCAGUUUCCUGGGAAACUGUGAACAUAGGUCUUUUGUAUUGAUUUGACUCUUCCCUCUAAGGGACAAGUGGACUCAGACCGUGGCAUCAAAAUGCACCACACAGCAUAACAUAGCCACUAGGUGCCCUCACUGUGGGGGUCAAGCAUUCAGGCCAGUACCAUUAAUUUUACAGCACAUAUGUACUCACCCACUUAAGGAGAAUAUGGUGGGCUACUCUGGCCGUAUUACUUUUUUUCCCACAUCUCUGUAGACUACGCGCCUGUAAUUCUUUCACUACUAAACUCUUUAUGUGCCCUUUUGUAACAAGAGGUUUAUGCUUUUCAACUCUAUUACAUUAUCCCUGUUUUUGUUUUUGUGGUUGGACUGUUCUUGCUGGCACAAUAUGCAGGUCAUGUCCUGCACUGACAUGGUGUUCCUUACAUAUUGAAAUAAAACUUAAUCACAGUCAAUGUGACAACAAUUUCCAACACUCUUAACUAAUGACAUUCACAUAGAUCUAAAUGUAGAUAUCACCUUAAUCAAUUUCCUACUGAAACAUCAGUCAGUCAGACUUCAUGAAUGAAAUUCUUGUAUCUGGGCCCCAGUGAUGAACCAUCAAUUAAAUAAACCAAUUAACCUUUUAAUUAACCUCUCGCUGUCUCAGACAAUGCUGUGCUGCUCCCAAACUGGGCAUAUUUAGGUAAUAAAAUGUUAGGUUUUCCUUGUUGGAUCAGUAAAGUACAUAACAUAAUUAUAUAAAACUUUACACCUAUCUGGAAGCAUUAACACUCAUUAUGUUCCUCCAUUCAUUUAUUUAGAAUUCCCUUUCAAUUUGUCAUUGCUCCAUAUAUGUCCCAGUUUUGGUGCUUUUUGUGUAUUUUACUCAAAACAUUCCAUUCAUCAAUUAGUUUUAUUGUAACACUUAUAAUAAUUAAUCAUUAUUAUUGUUAAUCAUGAGUGUCAAAUAUUCUGUUUUAGAAGUCAGGCUGGUUGGUGGUUCUCACUGCUCUGGGAGAGUGGAGGUGCUUCAUGAAGAGACCUGGUCCACAGUGUGUGAUGCUGACUUUGACCAGCAGGAUGCAGAGGUUGUGUGUCGAGAGCUGGGCUGUGGGCUUCCUGUGGAGGUGCUGGGAGCAGCUGCUUUUGGCAGAGGGGAGGGUCAGGUGUGGUCAGAGGAGCUUCAGUGUAGAGGCAACGAAUCUCAGAUUCACUUCUGUCCAACAUCUUCACUCAAACACAACUGCUCCCAUCAUAACGACAUAGGAGUAAUGUGUGCUGACAGUGUGAGGUUAGUUGAUGGUGGCAGUCGCUGUGCUGGGAGAGUGGAGGUUCUUCAUAGAGGACAGUGGGGAACAGUGUGUGGUGAUGGCUGGGACAUGAGAGAUGCUGCAGUGGUGUGUAGAGAGCUGCGCUGUGGAGAAGCAGUAGAUGCACUGAGUGAUGCUUAUUUUCGUCCAGGAUCUGGACCAAUCUGGAUGGAUGAUGUGGACUGUAGUGGAUCAGAGUCUACACUGAAGAAAUGUUUGUCAUUAAAAUCAAGUCAUUGUGAUCAUUCCAAAGAUGCUGGAGUCAUCUGUUCAGGUCACAGAAUUUCCAGACUUACUGGUGGUUCUCAUCUGUGCUCUGGGAGAGUGGAGGUCCUUCAUCUGAUGUCCUGGUCCACAGUGUGUGAUGCUGACUUUGACCAGCAGGAUGCAGAGGUUGUGUGUCGAGAGCUGGGCUGUGGACUUCCUGUGGAGGUGCUGGGAGCAGCUGCUUUUGGCAGAGGGGAGGGUCAGGUGUGGUCAGAGGAGCUUCAGUGUAGAGGCAAUGAAUCUCAGAUUCACUUCUGUCCAAUAUCAUCUUCACUGAAACACAACUGCACCCAUGAGCAUGAUGUGGGAAUCAAAUGUUCUGGCCACACUCAGGCUUGGCUGGUAAACGGCUCUGACUCCUGUUCUGGUCGAGUGGAGCUCCAGUACCUCAGUGAAUGGGGCACAGUGUGUGAUGUAAGCUGGGAUAUGAGAGCUGCCAGUGUCCUCUGUGGUCAGCUGAAGUGUGGGAGUGCUGUGGCUGUGUUGGGGUCAGACUGGUUUGGGGAGGGGAGUGGCCAGAUCUGGGCUGAUGUGUUUGAUUGUGAGGGGAACGAAACACACCUGUCAAAAUGUCCCAUUUCAUCAUGGAGUCGAACUGCAUGCUCUCAUAAACAGGAUGCUGGAGUCAUCUGCAGUGAUUCCUCUCUGGCAUUUCAUGAGGGGCGACUGCGGUUGUCUGGAGGGAUGGAAUGUGAGGGGGAGGUGGAGGUUUACUUCAUGCAGGACUGGAGGAGAGUUCUGCUGGACUCCUGGAGUGAGUGUGAGGCCUCUGUGGUCUGCAGACAGCUGGGCUGUGGCUCUGUAUUCAGCUUCUCCAGCUCCUCUACAUCCAGUCCUGAGCACAGUCACAUGUGUGUGACGGGUUUCAAUUGUUCUGGGAGUGAAGCUCAUCUGGGGAACUGCAGCAACGCACAAGCAGUCAACUGCAGCUCCAGAGAACAGCUCUCAGUCACCUGCUCUGCUCACAGCUCCAUCAGGCUGGUUGGUUCUGGGGGAGACUGUGCAGGACGGCUCGAGGUUUUCCACAGUGGCUCAUGGGGCACAGUGUGCGAUGACUUGUGGGAUAUUAAGGAUGCGCAGGUGGUGUGCAGACAGCUGCAGUGUGGAGUGGCCCUCAGUGCUCCGGUACCUGCCCAGUUUGGACCUGGAACUGGACGUAUAUGGCUGAAUGAGGUGGAGUGUGAGGGAAACGAGACGUCCCUGUGGAACUGCAGAUUUCAACUGAGUGGAGAGAAUGAAUGUGGACACAUGGAGGACGUAGGAGUCGUGUGUUCAGAGUUUAAAAAGAUCAGACUCACUGAGGGCUGUAAGGGGAAUCUGGAAGUGUUCUACAAUGAAACCUGGGGUAAUGUGUGUGUAAAUCAGAUGGAUGAAGAAACAGCAAGUUUAAUCUGUCAAGAGUUGAACUGUGGAAGAUCUGGCAGUUUGAGGCAAGCCAAAGCAAGAGUGGAAUCAGCUCCUAACUGGCUGGAUGAUCUGAAAUGUAGGAAACAUGACUCCACUUUAUGGCAGUGUCCAUCUUCCCCCUGGGGACAGAACAGCUGUGAUAAUUAUGAUGAGGUGGCUCACAUUACCUGCUCAGGAGAGAAGCAAAUUUCUUUGCUGCAAAACCAUCUGAAAUGCUCGUCAUAUCCUAACCAGAGUCAAUGCUCAAAUCGCUUUCAUCUCAGGCUGAGAGGAGGAAAUGGAAUCUUCUCUGGGAGGGUGGAGGUGUACCAUAAUGCUGAGUGGGGGUCUAUCUGUGAUGAUCUGUGGGACAUCAGAGAUGCUCAGGUGGUCUGCAGGCAGCUGGGCUGUGGGCCGGCGCUGAGUGCUGAUGGGAGUGCUGUCUUUGGUGCUGGUGAAGGGCCUAUCUGGCUGAACAGAGUGAAGUGUAGAGGGAAUGAGAUUCACCUGUGGGACUGUCCUCAUUCCCUGAAGAACCACACUGAGUGCUCCCACAGGCAGCACGCUGGAGUCACCUGUGCAGAUGUAUCUGUAUCUCCCACUGUUGCAUCCAGAGUAAUUACCAUUACCAUCACAGCUGGUCAGACAGAGAGCGAAGCAAUUACUCCAUCAACAGCUGUUCCAUCCAUCUAUCCAGUGUCUCUCCUGGUUCUGGGAGUGCUGCUCUUCCUGGCCUUAGUGCUUCUGGUUGUGCUGUUUUACCAGAACAGAGUGCUCAGGAGAGUGCUCUCUAGGAGGAAGCAUAAGACUCAAACUGAGGCAGUCUAUGAAGAGAUCGAUCACAGAAUCAACACUAAAAGAAUGACUAAAAAGGGAAGUGUCCAUUCUGAAGAACAGCAUUCAGGAUAUGAGGAUGUGGAUGAGGAGCUUCUCUCUGAAAAGGCUGUAAAUGAGGAAAAAGCUGAAUAUUAUGAUGAUGUCGCCACCAGUGGCCUGAAAAGUGAGAUGGGAACUAGAGAUGCUCCAGAGAACUAUGAUGAUGUCAUUUCUGCUGGACAGACAACUAGAGAAGCAAAGAACAAGGUGGAGCUCUAUGAUGACGCCGUUCCUGCUGGAGAGAAUCUACAGGUUACAGCAGUGUACACACCAGAGAACUAUGAUGAUGUCAUCACUCCUGGACAGGAUUUUGGAGAUUCAGCAGGCUAUGAUGAUGUGGAGGUGUCUGAGAAAGAGGCACAGAUCAUCUGACAGAGACCCAAAUAAUGCGUCUACUCAGGAAAUGACAUUCGAGCUUCUUAAAAUCAGCCAAAGUUUGAACAACAACAAAUUAUUUUAUAUUCUUCUUGAAGAUGUUUGUAUUCUUGUGACUGUGCUAUUUUUUUACUCAGGAAGAGCAAAAUGUUCUCUAACUAAUUGCAUUCUA